GGUUGUCCGUCCCGGUCAGCAGCCCCCACCCCAAGAAAGAGGGGGGUUGAAACAGGAGUGGUCUCUCGGUCUCCACGGACGAGGGGCUUUGGGUGCGCGCGCCCUCUUAGGUGCCGGCCCUGUGGGAAAGAGACUCUCCCCCGCCCGCCCCGGUGCCCCCCUGAGCCUCUACAAAGCCUUGGCACGGGCGGCAGCACAACUUCUCCGGCGGGGGGGGGGGCGGGAUGAACUUCAAGGCGGAGUCGGGCUGGGCAGCCGAAGCGACCAAGGAAGGGCCGGGUGCGGGUUGGCUGCUCGCGCCGGCCACGCGAGGAAAGGAGGAGGGCAGCCGCCGCCGCCGCCGCCGCCCGGGGCGCUCGCCCAGCUGGGCAGCACCGCGGUGGCUCUUGGCGAGAAGGGGCGGCGUUGGGCUGCUCUCCGGAAGGUGCUGGGAGGUGGGAUGGUCGCUUUGCAAGGGUGCUGCCGCCACUGGGAGGGGCCAGCGCGCUCGAGGGCAGCCAGCAGCGGGUGGCAUCGCGGGAGCAGCAGCAGCAGCAGCAGCAGCAGCAGACGGGCUCCCCCUCCUGCCUGGGGCGCAGAGGGCUCGCUCUCGCAGCCGCCGCCGGCGUGGGCACCUGGACGGGGCCGGAGUGCAGAGGGAGCCCUUAGCUCGCAGCGCAGCCUGGCCAUGCGGACGCCCCCCUCGGCGGGCAGUGCGCCUGGCGCCUGAGGGGGACUUCCCCACCGCUGGGCAGCCCGCCUGCCCGCCCGCCGCCCAGCCCCUGGCGGCAAUGGGCCGGCCCCGCCUUGCCUUGCUGAGCCUGCUCGGGCUUUGCCUGGGGAGCUGCCUCGUCCUCCUCCCCGCCCGGGGCUGCGGCCCAGGCAGGGGGCCGGUGGGGCGGAAGCAGUACUCCCGCAAGCACCUGACGCCGCUGCAGUACAAGCAGUUUGUGCCCAACGUCGCCGAGCAGACCCUGGGUGCCAGCGGCAAAGCCGAGGGCAAAGUCAGCCGCCACUCCGAACGCUUCAAGGACCUCGUGCCCAAUUACAACCCAGACAUCAUCUUCAAGGAUGAAGAGGAUACAGGUGCAGACCGCUUGAUGACUGAGCGUUGCAAGGACCGAGUAAAUGCCUUGGCCAUUGCUGUGAUGAACAUGUGGCCAGGCACCAGGCUGCGAGUGACAGAGGGCUGGGACGAAGACGGACACCACCUGCCUGACUCCCUGCACUAUGAGGGGCGAGCGCUGGACAUCACGACGUCUGACCGUGACAGAGAGAAAUACGGCAUGCUGGCCCGCUUGGCAGUAGAGGCAGGCUUCGACUGGGUUUAUUACGAGUCCAAGGCCCACAUCCAUGUGUCAGUGAAAGCAGAUAACUCCAUGGCUAUUCGCACCGGUGGCUGUUUCCCAGGUGAUGCAGUGGUGACUUUGCAGAAUGGCAGGAAGAAAAGCCUUUCAGAGCUUCGCCGUGGGGACUACGUGCUCACUGUCGACCAGAGCGGGCAGGUGACACCUAGCGAGGUUUUACUGUUCCUCGACCGAGAUCCACACCAGAAGGCUGUCUUUGUGGCCAUUGAGGCAGGCAGCCCAGUCCGCCGGCUUCUCCUCACGCCCUCACACCUGAUCUUUGCUGCACAGGGCCCAGCUAAUGGCACAGCUGACUUCUCCCCAGUGUUUGCCAGCUGGGUGCGUGUGGGGGACUCCGUGCUGGCACAACAGGCGGGUGGACCUUGGCUGCAGCCUGCUCGGGUGGUCCGUGUUUGGCAUCAAGAGGGCACUGGGGUGUACGCCCCCUUGACUUCCCAUGGCACCCUUCUGGUCAACGGAGUGCUGGCUUCCUGCUAUGCUGUGCUCGAGAGCCACCACUGGGCCCACCAUGCCUUUGCCCCACUACGGCUUGUCCACCAUCUCUUCUCACUGCUGCCUCUUGAGGGCGAGGCUAGGAACUGCAGCACCCUGGAGACAGGUGUGCAUUGGUAUUCUCGGUUCCUUUACCAACUGGCAUGGGGUGUGCUGGGCCAGGAUGCCCUUCACCCAUAGAGACUCGAGUUUAAAUCUCGCAAACAAGUUUCUUGAGUUUAAAACAAACAAGUUAAAUCUCGAGUUUAAAUGGCAAACAAGUGUAACUCAUCGAGCUGCAAGAUAAGGGCAGGGUGACAGGCACCCUCUGGGUCUUACGCCUCGUUGCCCUUGGCUGGGUAACAGUUCCAAAGCUGAUGCCUCCAGUUUGGGAAUACUGAGGUUUCCUCUUUAAAUCAUCUGAACUUGCAGCUGAAAGAGGGCACAGGUUUAAGGGAAAGGAUGUGACUGUAGGGUGACUAGCUUAUGUAUACAGGAGCUGAACUGCAUGGUUUGGUCAACCCAUGUGGAUGCUUCUGCUGCAGACUGCAUACAGAACACACUGGGCCCUCUAGGGCUGUGUUCAGAGCAUGCAGACAUCCAAAGCACUCUGUAUUGUUAGAAGAGGAACAGGAGGUCAGUAAACCUGUCCUCUCGUUUCAGGAGGGUGGGGUGGAUUUAUCUCCAUUUACCAUCAUUCCUGUGAACUCUGUUUGACAUCUACGUUCAGUACGGCUCUUCUCCCCUAGCUGCCUUACUGUUUGAAUGGGAGAGGGGUAUGCAAAUAGGAUGGCCAUGGACCAGGGAGAAGCAAAAUCUAGUAGGUGCAUGUAGCAACAGUGGGUGGGAGAAAGGACAUCCACUCUGUGUUAUCCCCCAGUUAUGGAAGUGCAUUUUAGUAUUGUGGUGAAUGUCGCAUGAAAUAUAAUGGAGAGGUUGUGUUGGCUGCCCGUGGUUUGGAGGUAAUGUGGCACUAGGAGUGUCCAUGAUGCAGUGAUGGGUGGGUGUCUCAUCAGGGACGAGGCAAAUGAGCCUAAAGCCCUAUUAGAAACACAUAUGCUUUGAAAUACAGUAUGCACAGGGUCACUUUAACUUGGCAUCCUUUACUUAUCUAAGUCACAACACUGGAUUCAAUAGGAAGACAAGAAUGGGCAAGAGAGUGGGGAGUUUCCAGUCUCAUGCAGCCAAGAGAUUGUCCUGUAGACCAAAAAGCCUGAAUAAUCUUGUAACUGGAAGCCGUGACACCUGCACUCUCUUCCUGGUGCUGCCACCUAGACCUUGGUUGUGCCUCACCUGCCCAUGCCCUGGCCAAUCCAGAGGGCACAUGCUCCCCAGCCACCUUGCCGAGGUCUAGAUCUUGUCAUUGCCUGGAUUGCUGACUGCCUGGGAACCCCAUGUACAUCACCUUGAGUUCCGUGGUGGAAGAAAGAUGGGAUAAACAGAAUAAAUAUGCAAGUAGAACAACUCUAUCUCCAUUGAAGGUCAGGUGUGGCAAUUGCAAUGCUUCCUUAUGAAAUUUUAAAUCCGUGCCACUCUCUUAUGAAGCCUGCUGUAACAGAAUUAACUCUUAGAUGCCGCUUCAGAGUUUUAUUUUUAUAUUUAUUAGUAGUAUAAUUUAAUUGUGGUCUGUUACCACUGCUUGUCUCAUGGCAGGUAUUAAUUUGAAGUUUUGCCAAGGAGAGAAACAGGAGGGGCACGUUAUUUUUGUAAGAGCUGUUUUUAACGUCUUCUCUUUUUUUACAGUUGUAUUUGUGUGUGUGUGUGUUAACUAAAGAGAGUUUCUGACUCCCA